AAUGACAGUCCUCAUUGAGCAUGAACUACUAAGGUUUUUCACGGCUGUCACCUACGGUCCCAAGAGCAAGAGAUAUCGCAGGCAUUGACCCUUCCCCUGCGUUUGGUUUUCCCGGCCUCACAAGCCAAGGCGACUCAGCGCAAUCUCUGCCGUCCGCCUUCAUGCUUCCUAGUUUCUCGGCCUCUUGUGCCGCCUUGUAACCCUUCACUUUCUCCCGUGAGGAGAUGCAGUGCACAGCCGACUCUUGACCUCAAAGCUGAAACCUCAAAGCUGGAAAAGGGAUGAGUGGAUUCUAUGAGGUUAAGCUCAAAGUUAGAGAUUGCGAGCUGGAUCAGUAUGUCGUUAUGUAAUUACUUAAUCAUAUUUCAAUCUGAAUUGGAGUGCUCCAAGAUUAGUACCUGGUCUGAAUGUCAAUUUUACUAUGAAUGUGUGAUCAUUUUUGUAUACUCUAUUCCAAUUGAUGUCCUUGAUCUUUAGAUGACCACUAGUAAGUUGAGAGGCUUGAAGUUUCAUCCUUUUUAGUAUAAAUUAAACCAAAGAUGUCAGAUUCUAUCCAAGAAAUGGAAACAAGUCACUAUAAAGUAGUAGAUGUAACUGUUGUCUUAUUGAAGACAAAGACUUCAAAUGAGCUAGUACUUUUUAUAUUGCAGGUUCCUUUUUAUGUCCUAAAUUAUGUGGUGUCGACCCAGUACUUGUGUUGGAUGACCCAAACAGGUCGUGAUGAACUAAUGGAAUGUAUAGGGUUCAACUCCAAUGAAGUUGCACUAAGUGGUGAUGCAGUAGCAGUUUCAGAACUGUCUCUGAAAUUCUUUCAACCCUUAAGAGUAUAAGUCUGAUCUUUAUAUUUCCAAGUCUGAAAUAUCAUGCCAUCACUCAAUCUUCUUUAUCACUUCUUGAUUUCUUCAAUCCUAAAGUCUCUAGGGUAGUAUGUGGGGACCUCUUUGUCUUCAGUAAUUGAAGUCUAACUUCGGUGACUUUUAAAAAGACAGAGAGUCUUUUAUCUUCAUAUCAUGCACAGGAUUGAAUAGUUCAAACCUUAGAUUCAGCAGGGCAUUUUAACAAUACAGUUAAAAGCACUUCCAGAACUUAUUUUCUAAAGAUAUGUAGUAAUUUAUUUUCUAGAUGUUUAGAAGGGCUUUAUGUGAGAGGUUAGAAAGAUAUUCAUGUUAAUAUAAUUUUGAAGAUUGAGUUUGGAAGAGAUUGCUGUAUGCAAACACUUAUAUAAGUUACACUAAUGGAUUGAACUAGUGAAGAUAGAUAAGAGUGGUUCUAAUGUAUCUGUUGCAAUUUCUGAUGGCAUGAUUGGCUUGUAUCCCCGUUGGUAAAGCCCUUGGGCAAUCUUAGUUAUCUGUUUCACAUAGUGCUUCUAUGAAUGCAGAGUGGAGACAAAGUUGUGAAAGUGAGGAUUUCUGGUUCCUCUGGAGCUCAAGUGUACUUGGAUCACCUCAUUUUUAAGCUACCAUAUGAAGAGCUGAUUUUGGAAGCAAAGGCACAUGUGUUUGGCUUGAUAAAAAUCAUCAUCCUGUCCAUUUACCAUCUGAGUUCAGAUAAAAACUUGUGCAAUUUUUUUCGCCAUGAGGAGUCUUACUCAGCAUAAUGAUGCAAGAGAGAUUCUCUUGCUAGAGACAUUGGAAAAGGUAAUUUCUUCUUACCACUCUUGUCCAGCACCCUUUCCCUCUUGAAAAAAUAAGUUAAAAUCCUCCUAAUUGUUACAUUUUCCCUUGCUGAAAAUGAGAAGAGCAAAAAGGAUACCUAUCAGCGUCAAAUAGAAAAAGUAACUUUUUGACCCCAGAUCCUACCACUUUACUUGCUUGAUAUUAUCUGCUACAAAUUUGGAGAAUAAUGCUUCAAUGGUUUGUGUCGAAGACAAUAGCUAAUUCUUUUAACUUUUAAUCCCUAUAUUUCUUCCCGCAAACUGUCAGUUCACAUUACAUUGCAUGAUACCAGUGGAUUUGCCUGUAGAUUUAGCAGAGCAGUGAACCUUAGUAGUCUACAAUACCCCAGAUGUGAAUGCUGAUCUGAAAAUUCCAAUUAAUUUGAUAUUUAUGU